GUAUAUUACUAUAUACCUAGGUUAUACCUACAACUGCAAUAAAAACCAAUGCAGUUUACAUGAUCAUUGAUAACAUAAUAGCGAUGAAGUUAUCAAACAAAUACAAAGAAAAAAAUAAAGGCAAAUACGACGAAGAAGGUUCCGAAAUAAAGACACCGGUUACUACUUUCUGUUCGAAAUAUAUCGAGCAUGACACAGAUUUUGAAAAAGAUUUGUUUACUACUGAUUAAAUAUUUUGUUUACUCAUUUGAAGAUGCAUAUAAAUUAAAUUAUGUCAUACAAUUACAUGUUAUAUUAUAUAAUAUUAUAAAUACAUACUAUACUCUAAUAAUUAAUAUUAAACUAAAUUCAAUGUUUUCAACAAAAAAUAUUUCAAGCUAUACCGUAUGUUACUAAUAGUAGGUAGUAUAAAUUAUAAAUUAAUAAUCUAUAUAUACAAGAAUCUAACUUGAUUUUGGAGACGAAGGAAACCGGUUUGUGUGCUUAUUUAUUAUUAUUAUUGUUAUUAUUAAUUUAUUUAUUUGUUUGCACUUGCAUUAUUCCAUUUGAAAUAUAUAUUUAUUCAACAAA